AUGUGGUUAUCAAAUUUACAGUAUCAAUAUAAUGAACAAAAAAUAAAAAAAUAUUGUUUGAUCAAGACAUUAAAGGCCCUUUCGCUAAGUAAAAUGAUAAUUAAAUUUAGAUUAAUUAGCAGAUCAUCAAGAGGAUUCGAUUAAAUUAGGUCUAAGCUUUUCGUAUUAUACCAAUUAUUAACUGCUUUAAUAGUAAUUAAUAUUAUAUUAUUAUUUUAAUCUUGAUCUAAUGUAAUAUAUAUCAAUCAUUUUAUAGGGGUAAUUCCAUUCAAUUCUAAUAGUUGAUCAAGUUGAAUCUACAUAGUUUACAAGAUAUCGAAAUUUUCUUUGUUUAAUUAACAAACCAUGAAAAAAAUUGCAAAACAAUCAUUUAUCAUUUCGCCACUAUACUCUAAAUAAUGAGCUUAUCUUUCUGCAUCAUUAUUAGUUGGAAUAACUUCCCCAUAAACAAGUAGUUUAAUGAAUGCCAUAAUAAAUGUAACUAUAAUUAUGAAUGAUUCACAAUAUCUAUAUUUGU